CGUUCCCGCCGCUCCGUCGACGCCGCGCACGUCGCACAAACACGCAGCCGAAUUCCGACCGCAACGCGGCUCCGGCCUGUCGAGGAGGAGAGCGUGCGCGGUAAACGGAAGAGCGACGGCGACGGCGGGCGGGAGCGUAAGCGGCACUCGGGAGAUGCGUUGCACGACACACCGUCGGUGCCGUCUCAAACCACCGCGCCGCCGCCGCCGCCUCCAUUGACCACGCUCUCGACAGCUUCGGCCGUGCCAUCGACGUCUAUGCCCGCGCCGCCUGUACCGGCGCCGCCAAACCCAGCACCCAUCGAUGUCCCGCCUCCACCACUCAAUGUCGCACCCUCACUAAAUCCCCUCGCACCAACACAACCAGCCUUCCCAUCCACCUCCUUCGCCCCCGUUUUGUCGCCCCUAAUCCGUUCCAUGUCCCGCUCUACACCACGCAAGUCCGAUGAUGGUGACACUGUGAUGGCUUCAACAACACCCUCACGCACAUCUUCCAUGAAGAGCACAACACCCUCCCGCACGCCCUCGCGGACAACAACUCCAGGCCGCUCGCCCAGUGCGCGCACACCCACACGCACACCCACACGACCCCCGACCCCUGCGCGCGACAUCCUCCGCACCGACCCAGAGAACGAAGGCAAGGUGGCACGUGUCACCCCACGCCCUCCGACGCCGCCACGGCCGGUGGCACGCACGCCUGCACAGGGAUACUUUGGUCUCGGGAUGGGCACGCCGAAGCGCCCCCGCUCGCCCCGUUCGCCGAAGGAUACAUUCAAGGCUCCGCGCUUGCUUGAGGGAGACCACAUGCGUCCGCGCCAGACGUCGCUCUCGACGUUCUUCACUCCUCAGCCACCUCGACAUAUCCCAACGCUGCCUUCCACGGUGGCGGCGGAGCGCAGAAUCGCUCCUCUCCCCCGGCUGCCCCCGCUAUCCGCCAAGCCUCCAAACAGCCGCCUCCCUCGCCCGCCAGUGACGCCUCGACUGACUGUUCCCGUGCCCUUCGGCGGACGAGUGGGCGAGAGCACUGCUGCAUCGCUACUCAAGUCCACCAAGCGGCCAGACAAAGCCCUUGCUGCUCCCGCUGACGAGGUGUCCGAGGCCAAAUGUCUAGCCCCCACUCCAGCUCGCAAGACGGCCCUCCCUGUUCGUAGGCCAUCUACACGCUCGACUACGGCCCCAGCCCGCCGCCACCCGUCGUAUCCCUCAUCACUAGGCUCUGGACCACCCGCGCGCCAGACCAACCGAGUCGUCUCGAACCCGAUCACCACCCAGCCAGACUCUAUGGAAAUCGACGAGUCGAGCGCGCGUCCAAUUGCAUCUGAGCCUACACCGCGUCCUUCCGCCUCUGAACCUCCCCGCCUUUCUGCUCGAGCGUCCGAGCCCAAUCGCACCGUCGUGCGGCCCGACGUCGCCCACAAGCGCGACAGCCUCAGCAUGCCCUCCCGCCGCGAAGGGUACGAUGACACGGCGCGCAACCUCUCGGCCCUUAACGCUGCGCUCGCCAACCUCCGCAUUCCUUCCAAGGCGCGCGAGACAGACUCUGUUCGUCCACGCCCACGCCCACCCACGCCAACAGUGGCGAGCACGCCCGCGCCAGCGCCUACAGCAGUGACAUCUACCCCGCGACCCCGCAACCUUUCCUCCAGACCUCCCCUUGCGCCCGAUAAGGGCCGCCUCGAAAGCCUGAUGAACACGGAGAGCAAGCUGUUCAAGGGCGUGACGGCAUACGUCGACGUGCGGAACGAAGACGGCGUCGACGUCGGCUCGAGCUUCGUCGAGAUGCUGCGCAACGGGGGCGCGAGGGUCGUGUCGCGCCCGACGGAGAGCUGUACGCACUUCAUCUACAAGGGCGGGCGGCCGAACACGGCCGCGUUCUGGCGACGGAUGGACGCCGCGCGGCGCCCGCACGUCGUCGGCCUCCGCUGGCUCGUGAACAGCCUCAAAGCCGGAAGGCGCGAAGACGAGGUCGAGCACACGGUCGACUUUGCGCACGAAGUCGUGUUCCAGAAGCGCACGAAGAGCAUGGAGCCCAAGGUGCUCAAGCGGCUGGGGCCUAUCGCCGAGGCGCCGUUCCGCGCGUACACACCCAAGGUGUCGUCGCCGCUGCGGCCGAUGUACGAGUGAGGGUGUUCUGUAUCCAUCCGUUUAAAUGCAUGUUGCCGGCGAUCGCCGGGCUUGUUCCAUUCCGU